AUGGUUGAUAUAAUUGGUGGCCACCUUUGGUCCAAUGUCAGAGAGACUUCUGCCCCAUUGGGAAACACACCAGUUGACAUCCCUAAAGAAGACAUCAAAGAGGAAGUCAUCCCGACAGGAGUAUUAACCCCUGUAGAUAAAGAAGACCCAGAACCCACACCAGGACUGAGUAACCCGAGAUGCCCAGACCCAAACCCGGAUCCAACACCAAGUACAGAAGCAACAAACAUGAAUGACAAAAUGUCAUCAAAUAAAAGAAACAAACCAAAAGACUUUGAUGGAACCAGGUCCAAAUACCGAGAAUGGAUCUACGAGUGCCAUAUGGACAUCCUGGCCAACCCAAUCAAGUACACAACAGACAUGGACAAAAUCUGGAUGGUACUAUUGUACAUGAGGGAAGGAACGGCCUCACUGUUCGCCCAAAAAUACUAUUUCAACAGGGAACUCCAAGAGUACAAGGCAAUGGAGACCAAGCUGACAUGGGGAACAUUCAAAGAAUUCCUAAAGGAAUUAGCUGCCACAUUCAAAGAUGAAAGUCUAGAACAGAAGGCAUAA